CGCAUGCGCAAAUGCUAAGUCGGACAUUUUGCGCCAAGUUUCCUGACAUUUUCUUAGGAAUGUGUUAUUUUGAGUAUUUCUUCUAAUCGAAAGCCUUAGCAUUCUCGAUAGCUAUGGCCUCGAUUGAAGAGGUUUAAUACACAUACAGUGCCGAGGAAAUAAGUUGAAUAAAUUGUUUGCUUGUGCAGAAAAUCAACUUCGCUCGUCUACAUUUUGUUGUUUUUAUAAACAACAAAACGACCGAAGCAGGUGAACGUUUCUAAGAGGUUAAUAUCAAGAUGGCAGCUUGUGAAUAUGAUUUAGACACGUCUGGUGGCCUCAUGGAUGAAAUUCAAAGGCUCAUAGCACCACCUGUUAGUGAUGAUGUCGCUCGAAAACAAAGACGCGGCCCAAAGGAGUUUAAACGACAUGGGAAAGCUAUCAACCAUGAUUACUGUGACAGUUGUCAAGAGGGCGGUGAUUUGGUUUGUUGUGACAGAUGCCCGGUAUCAUAUCAUCUUCAAUGCCAUGACCCUCCUCUUGAAGACGAUGACAUUCCUCCUGGAGAGUGGCUUUGUCAUAGAUGCAAGACUGCCCCAAAGGAGAUCAUACAGCUUACCACGAAGGAUGAUGACGCGUCCUCAACAAAAAGUGGGAGCUCUUCCAACGGAGGCAAGAAAUACUCACCCCCACCAAUUCCUGUACCUAUCUUGGCAGAGAAUCCACUGCAUACGCUGGCUGAGGCUGCAAAAGUUCUCAAUCCAGUUCAGUUUGACCUUCCCAAAGACCUUGCCUGUACGACCCCUUUACCAGGGUCUUACAAACGGAAAUGGUGGGGAAAGGAGAAGAAUGUCUCACAGAAGAAAGCAGCCCACGAGCUUGACAAUGGUCUCGUACCUCUGCCGGCUAAGCUGUGUUUUGUUUGCAACAGGAGCUGUAGAGUGUCCCCUCUGUUGCCAUGUGAUUACUGCCCGUGUCUGUUUCACCUAGACUGUCUGAACCCUCCCCUUGCAUCUGCCCCUACAGACCGUUGGAUGUGUCCUAACCAUGUGGAAAUGGCUGUGGAUGACAAACUUUUGAAAAACACACUUGUGACAGAACGAUUGAAACUCUGGGAUAUGUACAAUGGGCGUAUAGAUCAACAUUCAGUAAAAAUGACGUUCUUAAAGAAAGCCUAUAGAAAGAAUCCACCAUUCCGGUUAAAAGUGCGACAUCCACAGAGAAAGGCUUCAAAUAUCCCUGCAGCUAUACAUGAGUUCUAUGAUCAGCCGACUGAGCUCAUGCCUCCCCCAGUGCUGGUAAGCGGCUGUCUUGGGCUUGACGAUGAGGGAACCAGGCCAAGGAGUCCUUCAGAGGCCUCCCUUGAGGACCAGGAACAGUGGUUGAAGUCUGUAGUAAGUUUGCAGACUAGUAUAGCCCAGUUCUUGGCGAGGAAACAGCUAGAGCGUAGUAGUUCAGCGGACACGUUACGAUCUUCCGAACAAGCCAAAAAUGAAAAACCCACCGCGUCAGUGCAGCCUGUGCAAAACAGAGACUUUGCUGACCAGAGUAUUUCAGAAAGUGGUCAUCUUGUGAACAGUGAUCUGAAAACUAAACAUGAAAGUGGCGACGGUUGUGAUCAAAAUAUAAGCAAUGGACCAGUAUCUUCAACAGACAAUGGGUACUCUGAUUCUAGUAGCAAAACCAGUGGUGUUUCAUUAUUAAACUCCUCAUGUGGCUCAUUAAAUGGGGACGUUGAAAUGUCAGACAUGGCGCAAACUAGGUCAGACACUACAAACUCUUCACAGGUUCUAUCACCAACCAGCAAUAUUGUUAAAGUGACGUGGCCUAAUUCCAGUAGUAAUGGUGAUAAACUGGUAUCAAGUGUAGGGAAUUCUCAGAGUGGAAAUAAAAAUAUUGUUGUGAGUAUGGUAAACAAAACUAACAAUGUGUAUACUCGUGUAGUCCCGGGGAAGUUGACAGGUCAGACCUCCAUCCUGUCACCCCGCGCAGGCUCACAGGGAAGCAAACAAGGCAGCUCAGUUCUACGACCAAAUAUUGUCAGUGGCAGCUCCAACACAAAAGUCAUAGCACUCAAUCAGUCACAAACAGCAGCCAAGAUUGCAAUACCUGGAGUAAAAGUUGGCCAGUCGAGUGUUCUCGCCUCAGGGAAUCAGUCCUCAUCAGCUAUCAUCUCUCUCAACAACACAUUGCAACAGUGCUUAGAAGGAACUGCAGACCUGGAGCUAAGCAAGCUGGAUGACAAGCUAAUACAGAUCCUGGCCUGGCAGAGACUGCAGCAGCUGAUGCCCGGUAAGACCUCCAGCACAGAGUCAGAGAGGAGGCGCUCAGGGUCCAUCAACGGUCUGCUUACUACACCAGGUUUGCAGGAAGUUCAGGCAAGAGCAGUUCUGUGUCCGCUGUCAGGCAGGGGGGAGGCUAUUCCUAUGCCUUACAGAACCUUGGCAAUAGGAACAGGUGCAGAUAUGGAUGUUUGUCUCCGCCAUUACGGGCAGUGCAAUUUUAUCUCUGCAAAACAUGCUUUCAUCUUCUAUGAUGAGACCAGCAAGCAUUAUGAGCUGCUGAACUACAGUGAGCAUGGUACCACAGUGGACAACGUGCUCUACUCUUGUGAUUUCUCUGACAAGCCUGCCACCACCCCUCAGCCCUCAGCUGUGGUAGCCGCGGUACGGCAUCUGAACAAGCAGCACAAACCCAAGAUGAAGGCUGACGAGAGGCUGACAACGUCCCGGGCUUCUGAUUUGCGGGUACGGUGUAAUUGUAAAGGCAGCAGCUCCAGCAUGAUAGGAGGCAGCGGGGCAGGCUGGGAAGGGACUGCGAUACUUCAUCACGGCAGCUACAUCAAACUGGGGUGUCUACAGUUCGUGUUCAGCAUCGUUGACCACGCUGGAUCGCAGCCUAUACAUGGAGUCAAACGAGAAUCUAUGUCACUCUUAAAAUCUCAUUUAAAGGGAGGACCAUAGUGCUAGUGUUUUUCCAUAUGUUACUGUUAUGUGAUUAGUUUUUUAAAUCAGCAUGUUAAGUGAUAUUUUUUAUCUCUGGUUAAUUGUCAUUUUAAAAUUUAAGGACUUGUUAUACUCAACACAUAGAAAAUGGGUUCUUUAUGUUUAGGAAACAGAAGUAAUUCUUGCAAGUGCUUAGUGUCACCUUCAUAUAUCUUGUAAUUUGUGUUAUUGUGUACAGAUCUGUGUUAAUUGAACACAUUAGCACACCUAGUCAUUUUAGAUCUUUUUUAGAAAAUGUUGACUAUUUGCAGCUGAGAAGUUACUAAUCGUUUGUAGUGAAAGAUCUAAGAAACAAAUUUGGAUAUGGUUGUAGGGUAGAAAAUUGGACCGAUUUUUGACAUUUGAUAUAUUUGGCUGAGUCUUUGAUGAAGUUGAUAUUCACUGUCGUAGUAAAAAAGAUUAAUGUAUUAAUACCAGGACCAUUCCUAAUAUUUCAUGCAGUAUAUGGACAAAUUGUUCAGCUUCAAAACAUUUACUAGUUGUAUACAUAGUUUAAGAUGGAAAGUUUGUAAUAUCCCUUUCACUAGACACAGAAAGAAAUUCUCAAGCUGAGUUUGUAUUAAGCUCAGCGAAGAAUUUUUACAUUUUUUCCCAAUCUAAUUCUAAAUGUGCUUGCUUUUAAUACAACACAUAACAGUCGUUUCUCUGUAGAUUAGGAUAUUUCUACGUGUGUAGGACAAAGAUUGUUGAUUUAUUAUCAAAUUCGCAUAGAGAAGUCAAAUUUAAUAGUAGGUCCCCCUUGUUAUAUAUUAUGUACCAAGUAUUUAAUUUGCUAUCAAAGAGUUGGAUCAAGUGUGGCAGAUUCAAAUAAUUUAAGUGGGGCUAUGUAACCCUUCAUUUAUUUCCAGUUAACAGGGAAUAAUAGAUUUGAUCGGCACUCUGUGAAAACAGGGCUUAAUUCUUGUGCCAAAAGCGUCUUCCCAGAUUAGCCUGUUUGGUCUGCAAAAGCUAGUCAGGGAUAAAACUUUCUGCUUUUAUGAAAUUAUAAAAGGAGGAAACUGACUGACCCUGAUUAGCCUGUGCAGACUGUAUAUUGACCCUGAUUAGCCUGUGCAGACUGUAUAUUGACCCUGAUUAGCCUGUGCAGACUGUAUAUUGACCCUGAUUAGCCUGUGCAGACUGUAUAUUGACCCUGAUUAGCCUGUGCAGACUGUAUAUUGACCCUGAUUAGCCUGUGCAGACUGUAUACUGACCCUUAUUAGCCUGUGCAGACUGUAUAUUGACCAUGAUUGGCCUGUGCAGACUGUAUAUUGACCCUGAUUAGCCUGUGCAGACUGUAUAGGCUUAUCUGGGACGACAUUUAAAGCACCUGCAUUAAGACCUGUUUGCUUAGAAUGUGGCUCUUUUAACUCAUUUCUCUUUCAUAUCAUACAUAUUGGACAGAAUUGUUAUGUGUAAUGUUGAUAUUAAAUAACGACAACUGUCUUUAUUUGAUGUAGAAUUAACCAUUGGAAGUUGACAGAAAUUUUGUUAUCAUGAAACAUUACUUUGUAAUUGAUCUCAAAUCUUUUAUUGGCUGCAUACACUGCUUCCUUUGUAGUGGUCGCUGAACGUUACAUUUAUAUUUAUUGAUUGAGACACAAAACAUUGCUAGACAGUAUUCAGUUAAUACUUAACAUCCUUAUGAACUUUCAUUUAAACAUUUGUAAGAAAGCUGUUUUUCAACAGUGAACAAAUAUAUAUAGUGUGAAAUAGGACUUGUAUAAAUGAGUAUUGAGCAAAUGUGAUUUUUCAGGGAUAACAAAUUAAGGACAACAGUAAAGUUUAAUGUGGCUCUGUUCUGAUAUUUGUAUUAUUUGAGUCGCGUUCUGAGAAAACUGGGCAUAAUGCAUGUGCGUACAGUAUCGUCCGCACAGGCUAAUCAGGGACUCCACUUUCCGCUUUUAUGACAUUUUUCGUUUAAAUGAAGUCUCUUUUUAGCCAAAAUCCAAUAUAGGCGGAAAGUGUCGUCCCAGAUUAGCCUGUGCGGACUGCACAGGCUUAUCUGGGACGAUGCUGUAUGCACAUGCAUUAUGCCCAGUUUUCUCAGAACAUAACACAUUUACUUGUAUCUCUUGUGAUGUAAGUUAUGUUAUUUGUAAAAUUUAUGAACAGAUCAUCAAUGCAAUCUAAACCACCUUACCUUAAGUGAAUACGUACAUUCUUUUUUUUUUAAGAAAUCACUAUAUAUCUUAUAUUUGUGUCCCAUAUUUGUGUGGGCUGCGUUUUUUCUGUAGCUUAAUGUAAAGUCAAUCUCCAUGUUAUUUUCCUUCUUAUAAAGUUAUAUAACUUAAGAGGAUGGAUCUGUAGCUUUGCAGCUUAGUAUUCUCGUGCACAUCAUGGUUUGCUGUUUUUAGUUUAUUAUUUAUUAUGUAUAUUUUAUUAUUUUAUCCACUCAGGUGAGGCUAAUUUUUAUGUUCAGAAUCCAAUCACGGGCACUUUUGUAUUUUAAUUUAUGGUACAAGUCUGUUCAGCCAUAGAUUUAGUUUCUAUUCGAGUGAGUUGAUAAAAAAAUCUGCAUGAGUAAUCAUAAACCAUUUUAUAACCAGCCUUUAAUUUUAUGAAUUGUUAAUUUGAUAUGUAUUUCCUUGUACUUUGUUAAAAAGACGUUCAAAUGUUCAAUAUUCUUCAUUCCAAUUUUCAUUCAUUUUGACAUUCAAACCUAUUUCUUUGUAAUCACACAACACCUACACAAGCAUCUACAGAUUUUCAGUGCCUCAUAGUUGAGGUAAUUUGUGAUCUCAGGUUUUUCAUGAAUCAAACAAACACUGGCGUUGUAAUUGGUAACUUCUGUCGGCAUUGCUACCGUUUGGUCCUUAAUCAUUGUGUACUUACCCAUUUCCUAUCAUGACAAUGUACAUAGCUCAUCAAAUUGUAGAUUUUACAGAGAGUCUGUACACUUACCUGUGUAUCUGAGUACAUUUUGUAUUGUAGAUAUUAAAUGAACUUACGAGUCAAAUUUA